GCUCCCCCCUCCCCCCCCAAGCGCCGCUCCGGCUGCAUCGCGCUCACACCGAGCUCCAGGCCCCCGCAGCGCUAGCGCCGCCACCGCCGCCUCCCUCCUUCCGCCGCCAUGAUCAUCUACCGGGACCUCAUCAGCCAUGAUGAGAUGUUCUCCGACAUUUACAAGAUCCGGGAGAUCGCGAACGGGCUGUGCCUGGAGGUGGAGGGGAAGAUGGUCAGUAGGACAGAGGGUACCAUUGAUGAUUCACUCAUCGGUGGAAAUGCCUCUGCUGAAGGUCCUGAGGGUGAAGGAACAGAUGCCACUGUAAUCACUGGAGUUGACAUAGUAAUAAACCAUCAUCUGCAAGAAACUAGUUUCACAAAAGAAUCCUACAAAAAGUACAUCAAAGACUACAUGAAAUCAAUCAAAGGCAGACUUGAAGAACACAAGCCAGAUAGAGUAAAACCUUUUAUGACGGGAGCUGCAGAACAAAUCAAACAUAUCCUUGCUAAUUUUAAAAACUAUCAGUUCUUCAUAGGUGAAAACAUGAAUCCAGAUGGUAUGGUGGCUCUCUUGGACUUCUGUGAGGAUGGUGUGACCCCAUAUAUGAUUUUCUUUAAGGAUGGUUUAGAAAUGGAGAAAUGUUAACAAAUUCAGCUGAUUACUUUGAACCACCUGUCAUCAUAACUGGCUGCUGCUUUUUGUCAUCUACACAACACCAGGACUUGGACAAACUUGGACUGAUGUCAUCUUGAGCUUUAUUCAUUUAUUUUUGACCUUGAUUUAUUUGGAGUGGAGGCAUUGUUUUUAAAAACAUGUCAUGUAGGUUGUCUAAAAUAAAA